GGAGUGCGGAAGUAGACGUUCGCUUAGCCCUCAACAUUUUAUUUUCUUAUUUAAGGACAUUUAUUACUCACGUAUUGAGAACAUAGUUAUGUUAACCUCACAGGUUUGUUGUAACCUACAUACAGUGGUAGAGAUGUUUUGACAAGUUAAAUUAUGGAGGAUUUUACAGCCAGUAGCUACAGUUGGAGCUUGUUUACCAGAAUUAUGCCACUGAAGUACAAGUGAGUGUAGCAACUACAGCUUAUCCUAAAUAAUGCUUCCUCGUGUAUUGUCAGUAUGGUUUUGGUUUGGAUCAGAUCGCCCUGGAUUCUGUCUGGGAACAUCUUUAUUGACGACACUCACGCUUGUGAUGUAUGCUGGGGGCAUCCAGGCAAGUCUCACUGUCGGUCCAGGUGGAGACUUCCCCAGGCUCAGAGAUGUGUUCCUGUAUGCCUUCAGUCAUGAUGAGCUGCCCUCUCUGCUGGUCAGUGUUGCCUUCCUGCUGUUGGUUGGACCGUGUGAGGAGCGCCGCUGGGGAACAGUCGCCUUUCUCUCCCUCUCCAUCCUCACAACGACCUUAUUGCCUCUUCUUUACACCCUGGUCAUGUUUGUCGGUGGUGGUGAGGCGAGUCGGAUCUGUGGUUACUCUGCCAUCCAGCUGGCUCUGUUUGCAGCGCAUUGUCGUCAGAUGGCACAGAGGAGGCUGCUGAGGUGUCUGCCGGUCUGGUUUCUCCCCUGGCUUCUUCUGCUGAUUGGUCUGCUGCUGCUGCCUGGGACACCUGCCCUGCUUCACUUCUGCACAAUAUUCAUCGGACACAACUAUCACCAGUCCUUCAUUGGGAUGUUACAGGAGCUGGAGGAGACCAGGGUCUUGGACUUCAUUCCUGAUUGGGCGUAUGUUCGCUCUUCAGCCAGGUUGAGAUUGCCCAUCUGCACUACAUCACAGAGAUCUAGAUCUCUUUCUCAGAUGAUGCCUGCAGAUCAGGCAGCUGCUCCACCCAUGAGGGAUCAAUCGAACCACCACCCAUGGGUGGAUCCAGUGCCUGCCUGGAUAAUGACAGAGUCUGCUGCGCUGUCUGAGGCCGAGGUACUGGAGGAACAGAUGCUAAGAGCAGGAAUACUGGCCUCAUUACAGGAUGCUCCUGACAACCCUGAUUCAAAAGUGGAGGUGCCCAAAUCAUCAGUUUCCUCUCUCCGACUCCAGCAGCUGGAGAAGAUGGGCUUCCCCACAGAGAAAGCUGUAGUGGCGUUAGCGGCCUCAAAACAGCUAGAUGGCGCCAUUUCUUUGCUCAUUGAUGACAGCGUCGGAGAACAGGCUGUGAUGGUAUCUAAAGGGAGGAGCCCUCUGCUGCCGCACAGCACCUAGACCACAUCGCACUCCUGUGGACUGAGUGUUUGCUCUUGUGCAGUGAACUGGACUCACGUUAUGCUUGGGUUUUGCUGAGCUUUAAUAUUAGAUUUUCCCUGUGGGCUACUUUUAGAGCUAAAUUAAUUAUCAGAAUUUAUGGGGGCGGGGGGGUGAAAGACUGAGUUGUUCUUUCACCACAACUGUGAUUCAAAUCCAGUGCAGAAGCAAACGUAACCGCUUCGGAGACACUUUCUGUAUCUGCACAUAAAAUGUACAUUUGAGCGAAAGGAUGCCAUUUAUUUAUUCUGUAAUAAUGUUUAAUGAAUGCUGUUGUGUUUUUAACACAAAUAAAGAGAGGUGACAUGUAGAAAAACAAAACAAUGCACAUUAUUUUAUUACAUCAAUCAUCUAGACAGGAUUAUCUCAACACAAUAACACAUUUGCAAGAAAAAACAUGUUGAAUGAAAUAUAAAAUGGUUACACAACAGCAUACGAAAUAAGAUACAAAGAUCAUUUUAAAUAGUUUCACAAUAAGUUUGAUAUAAGAUGAAAAAACAAUCAAGUCUUUUCAUCAGGACAGUUUAAGCUGUCAACAGUGGUAAAAAUAUGUUCAAGUUCCAUUAACAGUUUUGCUAUUUCCUCUGCAUCAAAGAUCUUAAAAUGGACAGCCAAUUCCAGAGAUGUUUAAAAUGAUGAUAUAACAUAAUAUAUGACAUAAUCUGUUUUGUCACCAAACUCAAAUGUGUGUGCUUUUAGUACACACACUAAAUGUAAAUAUACUAUUGUAUAUUAAAUCACUUUAUCAGUGUGUACUUUAAGGGGGGGGACACGCACACCAGAAAACUACAAAUCACUGUUAGCAACACAUAUCUUAGCUAGAGUAGAGAUGCCUUCAUCUUUUAGUGCACUACAUAACAUUGAGUUAAACAAUAUGAUUAUAACAAAAUGAAUACUAGAAGAGGUUUGUUUGUGUACUUGUGUCCUGCAAACUGUACAUGCUCAAUAUGCUUAAAUAGUGGAAUCUCUUCAAAUUGCAGUUAGAUUGUGAAAGCAAUAAAAAUGCAAAUCCA